AUGUCGGAAGUCUUGUUGCUUCUAUUAUUUUCCGGCGCAGCAAGAGGAAGCACGGAGAAAACUUGUCAAUGCGAGGCGAGCGCCUCCUCUGUCAUUCGGGUGUCUCGUGCCCUUGUUCCCUGCGUCCUUUCAGUUCCCGAGUCAUUCAUGUGGGCCCCAGUUGGUCAAGCCAAAACAGCGGCGCAAAGAAAGGCCGCAGGGAUUACUCCUCUUUCAAUUGGUUCCUCCGUGAGAGCUCAGGCGUCACCCGUAUCACCUUUUUCGGUGCCUCCAUUAUUGGGGAAGAUCCGGCUGCUCUCGGGCAUCCCGCUUCCUGGCAGUCUAGAAUGCCAUUCUCUCUCAGAGUUCACCCCCCUGCGCCGCAUGAGGAGCUCUGUGCCCUUCAUGAGGAUCGCCGCCUCUGUGAAGCCGCCUUGCCUACGGCACCCCGCAAGGGAAUUCGCGUCUAAGACUAGUGCUAGCUCGACUGACGCCGCCAUUAACGGGGAGGCCGAUGAGGCCACCAGAAGCUGUCGCAGGCGCAUGUCUGGCUCCUGUGCGUCUUGUGCCACUCCUUGCAGCGAAAGGAAUAGCGCUAGCAGCAGCAGCACGAGCAGCAGCAGCAGCACGAGCAGAUCACGUGAGGACCCCCCGCACCGCGGAUUUCUGUUUGAUCGCAUGUUGGAAUCCCCCCGUCCGGAUGCGGAGUCUGUUGCUGCCCUCGACUCGGUGUCUCUAUGCACGCUCAAGACUGUGGAGCUGCCCGCCCCAGUGCUGCAGAAGUUGCAUUUGCUGCUGAAGCACGUAGGAAGGAAAAGAGACUUGGAGAAGACGGGGAGGCUCAUUGCGGACAAGACUACUGCCCGAACAUCCGUAGAGCUGCCUAGGGUGCUCCCUUCCCAGCUCCUGCCGGAGGCUCAGCAGGUGCUUGCCGACGCUGCUGCCAGGGAGGCAUUUCUAGAAAAGCAGCACCAAGAAGAGCACGCCGAGGAGUUCCCUGGGGCAGCCGCCGAUGCGGCCGCUGUUACGCAGUCGCGCCGUCAAGAGCCCACCGCAAGCACUCUCUUGUUGAAAUCCCGAGAUGCGCAUCUGUUGCGAUCUCUGCCGGAGGCUACGGAUGCCUUGCUUUCUGCGUUGCCUGCGGAAGGGCUCGAGGCGCAAGAGGCCCUUGCUGCAGCGGAAGACGCGCGUCAUCCGCUGUACAGACACCUUACACUAGGCCAUUCGCCUCUGACGGCUGCAGCCUGGACGGCUCACCGCUUUGCUGGCGUGUAUGCCUCGCUGCUCCGAAUUCUCGUAGAAGUGAAGGGCCGCUGCUCCGACUUUUUCCCCAAGCGCGUCCUUGAAAUGCAUGCUGGGUUUGCUGCGGGGCUCCUAGCAGUUGACGCGGUGUACGGACAGCAGCAGCAGCAGCAGCUGCUGCAGCAGCUGCACAAGGAGGACGCAGCGGCUCCCCGAAAGCAGGGGAAAGCCUUCGGGGAUGUCGACGCUAUCGGCGCGACGGUUUCGACCGCCUCAGCAGCAUCCUUGGGCUCCUCCUUCAGUCAUUCCGGCGAAAGCAGUCUUGAGCUGUUGAUGGCUGUGGAGCCGUCGGCUCACUUGGCGAGUGUGGGUCGGUAUUUGACUGCAGAUCUCGUGCCGACUGUGCAGUGGCAGUUGGCUUUGUACGACGAGGGGCUGCGGCGGAGGUUGGGGUCAGAUGGGGAGCCUGAAGACGAUCGCUUUGACUUGGUGAUGUAUCCGCAUGGCCUUUUGCGUUCUGUGGAGGGGCAGCCGAGUCGCCACGCCAUGAUUCGCACUCUGUGGAACCGCUUGCGUCCAGGGGGCUUGUUGUUGUUGGUGGAGAGGGGUACGGUGAGUGGCUUUCGCGUCUUGGGGAGCGUGCGGGAACUCUUUAUUGCCGAGCUGUCUAAGGGCAGCUUCCACUUUGUUGCUCCUUGUUCCCACGAGUCGGUAUGCCCCCUUGCGCUUACAGGCCGGGACUGGUGCCACUUUGGUCAGCGCGUGCGUCGUCUGCCGCAUCAUUUGUACUGCAAAGGCUCCCGCGCAAAGGCUGUAGAGGAGGAAAAGUUUAGUUUCCUCGCCGUUAGAAAGGGGCAGGGGCCUAGAAGUCGGUACCGCACUCUCGCGGCAGCCGAAACGGCGGGAGCUUCCCCCGCAGAGCUGUCCUUUUUCUGGCCGCGACUCGUUGCACCGCCGCUGAAAGGGAGGGAGCACGUGCUGUUAGAUGUUUGCGCGCCUCCCCAUAGAUUUGAGCGCGUUGCUGUGAGCAAACACAUGCCUCACGCUGCCGGCUACAAGGCUGCGAGGCAUGCGGCCUGGGGAGACCUGUGGAGACACCCCAGAAGAAUCGUUAGACCUGAUGCCAGGGCGUACAUGGAGCAAGAUCUUCGGGAGGCGGCAGACAGACGACAUGCGCGAAAAGCCGAAACAAACGCUCGCCAAGAUGUCGGAGAGCGAGAAGAAGAGCUGCACGACACGCUUGUCAAGCACUGUGGAGCGUGA